CUGCGGGCCCACGGCCCCCAGGGCUCCACCUCGGCCCGGGCGUGAGGCGAGGCCGGCGCCGGCCCCGGGCGGCCCGUGAGGGGCGAGCCCCGCCCGGCGGGGGGCGGUCGCUGCCCGGGGCCCGGUGGAGCUCGGGGGGGGGGGGGGGGGGGUGAGGUGCCUUAAAAGGCAAACCUCCCCUCACAAAAUCCGAAAGGGAGUGAGGUGGGGACUUGUCACUGCCCGGAGGGUUUUUAUUUGCCUCAGUUGUCAGCCCCGGAACCUGGCCCCGCAAGGCCCGGGGCUCCAUCCCGUGUAGAUGUGAAGCUGCUGCAAGGAAAGCCCCAGCGUCAGAGGGACGCGCGAGGAGAUGCGGUUUUUAGAGCACCACAGAAACAGCAGCUCUCCAGCACGGGAAAGCCAGGCGCUGCCUGAGGAAUUCGGAAGGCUUGCUUGAAUCAGAACAACUGCCUCAGGAUCCUCCUGCCGGGGAAGCUGCCCAUGGACUGUAGGCACCCAGCUGAGAGCAGCAAGGAGACCUCCAGCCCCAGCUCGGAGCCCGAGGCCCUGCCACCUUCCGCGGGGCAGCGAGCCGGGACAGCCCCCGGGCGACCCGCGGCUGCCAACGCGGCACGGGAGCGCAGCCGGGUGCAGACCCUGCGCCAGGCCUUCCUGGAGCUGCAGAAGACGCUGCCCUCCGUGCCGCCCGACACCAAGCUCUCCAAGCUGGACGUGCUCCUCCUGGCCACCACCUACAUCGCGCACCUCACACGCAGCCUGCAGGAUGAGGAGGAGGCGCCGGGAGAGGGCCUGGGGGCCCUGCGAGGGGACGGAUACCUGCACCCGGUCAAGAAAUGGCCAAUGCGUUCCAGGUUGUACAUCGGAGCUACGGGACAGUUUUUGAAUCACUCAGCACAAGGAGAAAGUGCAAACCAAGGAGAAACAUCGACAAAUUCACAAAACUAAUCUCCUUUU